CAACAACAAGAAUGAGGACACGACGAAUUAAUUAAAGAAAACUUAUCUGCGGGCUUGAUAUCGAAUUAUUAAAUCAAAUUAUUAUAUAUUAAUUAAAUAAGUAAUAAAAUAUAGUAAAUCAUAAUAAAGUGGUUUUUUUUCUAUAGAAUAAAUAAUAGAAUCAAAAAUAAAAUAAAAUGGAUAUAGUAAAAGAAGGCGCUCUUCUGCUCAUGAGUCCGAAGUGCUAUGAUAAUUAUUUUAUAGAACUUAAUUUUUUUGAUGUGCCUUGUUUUAAAGCAUUGCUAAGUAAAUGUCUGGGAAUAGGUAUAAUAGCCGGUUCCUUAUUAGUGAAAGUGCCGCAAGUACUAAAAAUUCUGAACAAUAAAUCUGGUGAAGGAAUCAAUCUAGUCAGUGUCCUUCUUGAUUUGAUGGCAAUUACAUUUCAUAUGUCAUAUAGUUUUAUGAAUGGAUAUCCAUUUAGUGCGUGGGGUGAUAAUACAUUUUUGGCAUUGCAGACUGCAGCAAUAGCUGCACUGGUGCUUUAUUAUACCGGGAACAAGGGCAAAUCCAUAGUGUUUUGUUUCAUUUAUACUGCCAUCGUUUAUACAUUAAAUUCUGGUGUACUGCCUAUGAAUUACCUUGUUGCUACACAAAGUUUUAUCAUUCCAAUAUUAUUAGUUGGCAAAUUAUCGCAAGCGUUUACCAACUACAAAAAUGGUUCUACUGGACAACUUUCAGCUGCUACUGUCUUCUUACUAUUUGCUGGGUCAGUUGCGCGUAUUUUCACCUCCAUCCAAGAGACUGGAGAUAAUAUGAUGAUCAUAACAUUUUGUGCUUCUUCAUUUGCAAAUGGUGUUAUAUUAACACAAAUGCUUUAUUAUUGGAAUAAGCCUGCAAAAGGCGCGACAAAAAAGACAAUACCAAAAUUAAUACAAAAACCAAUACAAAAACAAUUGCAAAAACGUCCAAAAGCAAAAAAAUCUGAUUGAUGCACGUACAUUUUUAGCUGACGAUUAGAAGCGUUUUAUAUUAUGUAUAUAAUGUUAAAUGGCUUUUUGUAUAAGCUACAAUUCAAUUAUAAUAAUUAUAAUCUGUAUCAGGAAACAAAUUGUAUAAUUCAUGAUAAUGUGUGGGUAUGAUGUUGAUUUUUGUUUGGUGCAAUAAAAAACAUGUG